UGUAUAUUUGUGUUUUUUUUUUACUACAAAAAAAGAAAAAUCAUUUUCCAAUGAUUUUCAUCGUAUCGGAAAAUUUAAAUUUUCAAAUUAAUAUUAAAAGUUUAAGUGAAAAAUGCAAAAUUUCAAAGUAAUAUCAUUAAUUAAUUUCUCUCUCUUUUUUUUAUAUAAAUAUAUAUAAAUAAAGAGCGCGAAUUAUCAUGUUAAACAUAACCUCAAUUUUUACUCGCGAAAAUACGUGAUAUUUAUAUAAAUAUUUAGUGUUCUUUUUUUUAGAAGUGAUUUAUUGUAAAAAAAAUUACACAAUUAUCUGGUUGUGAUUUAAUAUGCAAUAAAAAAAAAGAAAAGAAAAAUAAAAAAAGAUGACUGGUUUUUUCACCGUGAUCUUCACAUUUUUCGUCGUUUAUUUCAUAUUUUCCUGGGUAAUUCCAAGACUUUUGGCAUGGCACGUAAAAAGUCGAUACAAAAUUGAUCUUCGCGUUGGUUACAUUCGUUUUCCAUAUUUUAUUUUGCGUGAUGUAAAUAUUACAAAAAAUGGAUUCACCGUGCAAAUUGAUGAAAUUAGCAUUCGUUCAAGUUUAUUUAGUAGCGAUGUUGCAAAAUUAUUGGCGGUCGUUAUGAGAGAUGUGAGAAUAAAUAAAGAUGUACCAACAAUUUCUUAUUGUCAAAAAAAUAAGGAUUACAAUGAUCCAUUAGAUUUUCGACAAAAAAAAAUUCCACCCAUUAUUAUCACUUUUGUCCAGUUUAUGGCUGUGAAUGUAGAAAAUUUGAGUCUUUUAAUUCUUGGCAAUGGUUGGUUAGCCAAUGGAAGUGCAGAAAAUUUAAGUCUCGAUGGAAGUAUUGUUCAUGGAGCAAGAACACUUUUAGCAUCAGCAACUGUUGUUGGUGGUUCAAUGAAAUUAUUGAGACACGCUUCAGACGCUUGUCUUGCACAAAUUAGUUUCGCCGGUAGUAUUGAGGCAACACUUAAAGCCCAAGGCGAACUUUCUGUGGAAAAAUUAUACGUUGGAAUCACGCAAACCGAGGGUUCCGGAGGAGCUGGACUCCUUCGGUUCCUGAGGGAUAGAAAAUCAUUGACACCCACUGCACCGCACUCUAAUUUAAAUGAACAAUCAACUGGCGAUUUAUUAUCUAGAAUAGCUCCAAUAUUACCAAAGAAUCUCGCUUUAAAAUUGGGAAGUUCAUCAAUAAUUGCUGGACGUGAGGAUGGAAUGAUAUCGGGAUUAGAAUGCACAAUUGGCGGUUUACAGGUAAAUUCACGAUUUCAACCAGAUGGUCCGCAACUUCAUCUUGGUCUUAGUUUAGAUGGAUUGUCAUUACGUGGACAACUUCCAAUUUUGUCACUUCGACGACUAUCGAUUGAGGCUAAAUUGGAGGAUGAAGUUUUAGAAAUAAUGACACAAUUAAAUUGUCUUUCAAUGAUUUACGAUCAUAAAGAUUGGGAGCAAAUUUUGUCAAGUGGUGCCAAAGAUAUUCCAACGCCGGAUGUUGCGAUAGAUUCAAAUCGAAAAUUACCAUGGAUUGAAUUAAGAACCGUUACUGAACUUCGCGAAGGUUCUUUAACAAUAAAAUUGCCAGAUGUUCAAGAAGCUUCAUGUAGUCUUGAAUUUGUUAAAUGUUCAGUCAAUAGUUUCUUUACAGAGGAAAGGACCGAUGAAUGGAAUACAGAAUUAAUGAUUAAAUCAUUGUGUUCUGGUUUAAAUGGAACUGACACAAGUAUUCCCGAAAUGGCACAUCGUUGGGGAAAUCCAUUGACCGUUGGUGGUUUUGUUGCGAAAGCAUGUAAAAAUGGCGUUGGCGUUGUUCUCGAUUCAUUACGCACUGAAUGGAGUUUGGAAUUAUCAAAAUUUCUCGAACAAGGUUUCACAUAUUACAAUCAGCAUGUUGGCAAAUCGUUGGAACGAAAAGAAUCCAAUAGAUCACUUCAAUUAAAUUGCAAAAUGUGCAAUUGUAAUCUUUUCUUCAUUGCCGAAAAUGAAUUGUCAAUAAUGAUACGUUUGGAUUUGGCAAAUUUGGAACACAGUGUAAAACGAUUUGUCGGCGUUGCCGAGGGAGUUUGUGCAAUAACAUUAAAUAAAAAUGAUACAAUUAUUUGUGAGGAUGCGCAAGCACAAAAUCAUCCAUUUUUGGCUGUGAGAAAAUGUAAAACUGCAAUUACCAACGAAGCAAUUAGCGUCAGUUUAGAUGGAACUAAUCUCGCCUGGAGUCCAAAUUUACAUCUUCGUUUAAGACAAUUGUGGCUUGAAUCCGCUGAUUUUCGUUCGAUAGUGUUUAGAAAAUCAAUUGUUUCCAUCGAUGAGGAUAAAAUGGAUGUAAAGAGAACCUUUGAUUUAUUAGCAAUCGGUGGUAUAACAUUGGCAAUUGAUAUUUCACCGCGACAUUUUCUUGAAUUGAGUUCAGAUCGUUUACGAUUGUCACAGGGUGAAUGGGAAUUAAAUUAUCUAAAAGCCUCACUCGAUAUGGCGGAUAUUAUAACCAUUGAAGGUUUACAAUUGAAACGAUUAAAAGAUAGUAAAGAAGUACGUUUGGAGAGACAAAAUAACGAAGGAUUUCAACUCGAGUGGAAUGAAACAUGGGCAUUGAAUAUUGAUUCAGCAAAAGCGAGAUUUCCCUAUGAACAUCAAUUUACCGAAGCUAUACAAAAUGAAUUGUUUAGCAUACGAAAAUGGCUUAAGGAACUUCAUUCCACUGGUAAAAAACAUCAGAAAACACUUCCGUGCGAUUUGGUUAUUAAGAUUAAGGAAUGGAUAUUUGAAUUGAGUGACGAUCCAUUUGAGGUGCGUUUACGUGAUAUUCACGAGCUUCUUGAGGAUGAGUAUAAAGAGAGUUUGAAACGUCAAGCGAUGCUUGCUGCCAAAGUUGAGGAACUUUGUCGAGCGCAUUUUCUUCUACCUGAGGAGAAAGUGGAAAAAUUAUACACAAGUUUAGAUAAAAAGAAUGCGGAAAUUUAUGUUCAACGUUGGAAGCAAAUGCAACGUGCUGGACCAUCGAGAACGCGUCUUUUUGCAUGGACAAUGCAGGAUUUGGAAAUUCUUGCAUUGGCUGAUCCAUCAAUUGAUGGUACAGAGAGAGCGAUGAAAGCAAUUCAGGAAAUGGAUUUUGAAACACCCUGGCCUGAGGAUGGAUUGGAAUUUAGUAUUCUUUGGGUACGUGGAAUUUCUCUGAAGUGCGCUGAAUGGAAAUUGCAAUUACGUGAUUUUCCCCAACCUCUGCUUCUUGUUGAGGAAUUAAGUAUUUGGGGAAGAUUAGCGGGAGCCGAGGCACUUGCACCGCCAAGAGCGAGAAGAACCGUUCGAAUUGAAGUUGGAGCACCUUGGCCGGAUAUUCAGGUCGAAAGAGGUAUGACAUCAUUAAAAUAUUAUCACGAUCUCAAUUGGGAUAUUGAUAAAUAUAAAUAUGCAUUUGGACCAUGUUGGGAGCCAGUGAUUGCUCAAUGUAAUCUUAGUUUUGAAAGAAUUCUCCAUCCAUCGCGUGAUCCAAGUCCUCCCCUACCAUUUUGGGAUAAGAUGCGAUUAAUGCUACACGGUCGUUUAACAUUGUGUGUUAAACAAUUGACGGUGCUUUUGCACGCUUCACUUGAUCCCUAUAAUACAACGGAGGAAAUGGAAUUAACCUGGUCUAGCCUUGAACUUGAUUGGACAAAUGGUAAAAUAAUUGUUAAAGGCGAUCUUGAUGUUUAUGUUCGUACUGCAAGUAAAUAUGACGAUUGUCGUCUUUUACAUUUACCAAAUGUUCGUCUAAGUAUGAAAUUAGCUUGGGUUUGUCUUGGUGAUCCACGUGAUCAUCAUGCAGCAAUACCGUGUGCUCCUGAUCGUCUACCUGAAUAUUCGAGUAAUCAGGAGCAUGAUUCAUUUCGUGCGUUUCGUUCACAAAAUCUUAAUGUUCGUUUGUCGUUAGAGACAAAACCAACGGGAUCACCAAAUUCAACGAGUGCACCAACGGCAACACUCUAUGGCAGUACGUUAAGAUGGUUUGAGAAUUUAAAAUUUAUACUCUCAGGUGCAACAAGGCCAACGCGCAAAGGUGCAUUGUUUAAGAAUACAAGAGCAAGAAAAAAACAGUUGAGUCGUCAUUAUCGUAAAGUUCGAUUAACAUUGGCUUUUCAUCGUUUUCACGUGAGUUAUUGGAUGUCAUUUGCAAUGCAACGGGGUUUUGAAGUGACUGGCGGAAGAGUUGGUUGCAGUUCGGAGCAUAAUUUAUCGCUUCAUCCAAUUGACGAUGGUUUAAUUCAUCGACCACGUGCUGAAUGGUCGGUGAUUUAUAUGAAUUGUGAAUUGAGUGAUGCGGAAAUUUGGCUUAAAUCCGCAUUACAGGAGGAGGGCGAGAGUGAAUCAUUGAGCCAACCUGUGGAGAAGUGUUACUGCCUCAGCGUCGAAAGGGUAAGCUACGGAAGAGAGGCAAUGGUAGCCGGUGUUAGUGGAGACACACCGACCCACCGUCUCGUCGUUCAUGAUUUACGAGGCGCUUGGACGGUGACAAAUCGUGAUGUUGCAUUUGCUCUCUUUGAUUCGUUCAUCAAAACCCAGCAGCUCAAGAAGAAUCUCUCAACAUUUGGACUAAAAGGCUUUCAUCGUGAGAAGAGUGCGGCGACUCCGAACAAGAAUCGUAAUCAAAAUUCGAAAACUCCAACACAAGUGACACCGUCUUCAUCAUCAUCGUCGUCGUCUUCGUCAUCAAAACCACCGCAACAGGGCGAAGCUGCCGAAAUGCUUCAACGAUUAAUUGCAGAAGCUGCCAAUAAACCCGUGGCUUUUAGUGACGAUAUGUCGGUUCAAACAAGAGGUCAACAAUUACGAGGACUUGCCGCGUGUCAUCAGGAUGGGGUUCUUCAUAAAAAUUGGCUAAUUGCAUUGGUUAACAGUCAAGUUCUAUUGAAGGGAAUUGAAACUCGAGGUUAUGUUAUCCUCUCGGCAGCGAAGGCGGAAAUUCUUCAAAGGAUUCACAGACCAGUUUGGAAGGAUCGAACACUUGUGUCGAAAACAACUUGGAUUGGUUCAUUGGAAUGUAUGCAGUAUUAUGCGACAGUUAGUGCAAACACUGAUGGUAAUAUUAUUGAUAAUAUCAUGUGGCUGACGCUUGACAAUAUUCAAGAGAAGGAUUCAACGGUAAUUUCGGGUUUACCGGAUGUUCCGGCUUUGGUUGGUUCGGGACAAAGUGUGGGCGGUGUGGUUAGUCAAACAGUUGGUGGUGGUAGUGGAUUACAGCAUCAGCUACAACGUAUCGUUUCACGUUGUAAAUGUGAAUUCUUCUACGUUGGCUAUGGUCAGGCAUUGGAUGCAGAUCUUCUUGAUGAAGUACCACCGCCUCCAGGCGAGGAGGUAACACUUUGGGAACGUCGUGAACUUUCAGCGGCCGAUGCUUUUACUCUAAUGCAUCAUGAUCUUGAUGUUUGUACCAAUUCCCUUCAGUAUGCAAUGAUACUUGAUAUUGUUAAUAAUCUUCUUCUUUGCGUUGAACCAAGACGAAAAGAAGCACUCGAACGUCUUCAAAGAAUGAGAUUUCAAUUACAAUUGUCAGUCGAGGAUCAAAAACGUCCAAUUCAACAGUUGCAGAAUAUUGUUCGUGGUUUGGUGUCUAAAUUACGACGUUUAGAGAAGGAGACUUAUUUGGUGCAUAAAGCACUUGCUGAUGAUCAUAGUGAGGAAUUGAAAACGGAAAUGAAACGUUUGGAAUUGAGAGUAUUUGAAUGUAAGGAGCAAUUGAAUUUACGAGCUGAUGAAUUGGAUGUGAUGUUGAGUUGUUAUAAGGAGACAACAACACCAGCUGCUACGGCAUCGGCGACACUUAAGGAUAAAUCGGCGGCUGUUACAAGAGCAGCGGAAAUAUGUUUUAAACACGCACAAUGGAGAUUGACGGACGCUGAUGGAUUAUUGGGAAUUGCCGAUUUGAAAUUGACAAAUUUUUUGUAUACUAAAACAAGUAAGACUGAUGAUUCGGUGGAACAUUUAUUGGAAUUGGGCUAUGUGAGAAUGACAAAUUUAUUGCCAAAUCAAAUUUAUACUGUGGUUUUGGUACCAACGGAACUUCAAAGUAAUAUGCCGGUUGAUAGACAAAGAGCGCUGAGGGUUUUUUGCCGAGAGAAAGCACCAGUUGCUGGGAUUUCGGUGAAGGAACAUUUUGAAAUUAAUGUCGUUCCACUAACAAUUGGUUUGACGAAAAAAUUUUUCAAUACCAUGCUGAAGUUUUGUUUUCCUGAACGUGAUCCAGACGGAAUUGAAGAACCAACAGCACCACAGAGAGAUUCUUCAUUUUAUGUUCCAAUGGAAAGAAAAGAUGAUGUUGAUAAAAUGAAAGAGAGAGCUGAUAAAAAUAAAUUAUUUAUUUAUAUUAAAAUACCGGAAGUGCCCGUUCGCGUUUCUUACAAGGGUAAUAAGGAGAAAAAUCUUGAGGACGUGAGAGAUUUUGCUCUAGUGAUACCAACACUUGAAUAUCAUAAUGUCACGUGGACGUGGUUGGAUCUUUUGUUGGCAAUGAAAAGUGAUUCGCGACGUGUUAUACUUAGUCAGGCGAUUAAACAAAAGCUGCAAAUUAAACCACGUGGACCACAGGAGGAGACAACGCCUCAGGAAGAGGAUAAAGCACGUUUAUUGCUUGGAGCACGACAUCUUCCUGGGGAGUCAAAGAAAAAAACUGGAUUCAAAUUCAAAUAAAAAAUUUUUCUUUUUUUUUUCUUUUUCAAAAGUACGUGCAAUUAAUUUUUUAAUUAAUUAAUUAUUUCAAAAAAAAAAUAUUCGAUAAAUUAAUUAUUCAUCUAAAUACGUCAAAUUUUUUUUUUUCGUAAUUAGUUAAAAAUUAUUGUUAUUUAAUUGGAUUAAAAUUAAUUAACUAAAAAAGUAAAAAAUAAAACUAUUUCAAUUAAUUAGAAAUAGAAUAGAAAUUAGAAUUUAUUAAUAAAUUUUUUAUUAUUAAUUGAUUUAUUAAUUAAUCAAUUGAAUAUCGAAAAUAGUGAAUUUGAUUUUAUAGAAUUUUCAAAAUUGUUUUAAUGAAUAAUUAAUUUAUUAUUCAUAAUUAAUAAUUUAAUUAAUUAGAUAAUUAAUUUUUUUUUCUUUGUAAAAAGAAAAUGAAAAAAAAACAAUUAGAGAGAGAGAGAGAGAGAGAGAGAUGGUAUUUUUUUAGAGCAUAAUUUAUAGAACAGCUGGCUGUUUUUUUCAUCUGUAGAAUUAGAAACUCAAUCGAAAGGAAUUUCGCUUUUUUUUUCUCUUGUCACUUCGUUUGAGUUCUAAGUCUAUAGGGUUAAAAAUAAAUAAAUUAUUUAUUUAUUAAUCAA